UUUAAAAACCUCUGGAGUCCUCUACUGAAUCUCCGACCUCAGAGUAUCGAUGUUUAGCAAGUAUUACGAACCCGUGAGAUCUAAUAUUUGUCUCAUUAAACUCUCUUGUCUUAAUAAAGAGAGAACCUGAACUACAGUCAUAGACGGACGCUGUCACAAGACCGGGUAACAGUUAUUUUUUGAGUUUUGCCGCUUAUAUUCAAGAGUAAGUUGACUUGUCUGAUUCAGUGACAUGUAACGUUAUGCUGACUGGUUUCCUUUCUUUGUUUGAAGUUGAAAUUAAGUGGGUAUUUAAGUAAGUCAAUAAACCAAAUAAAUGUCGUAUUUAUCAAUUAAACUUGUUAUGUGAUGUCUUGUCAAAUAAAUACUCUUCGCCAUAUUUGCAGAACUGAACAAGCAAAAUGGCAGUGACUCGGGUUCUUCCACAUUUUCUUCGUGCUGCUGGUCCCUUUCAAGUGCACACUAGAACAACAUUAAGAGACUGUCUUUGUAAACAUGCAACCGGUAAACUGUGCUAUACUUCAGCUUUCAUCCUCCAACAGAAGAGAUGUGUUUCUUUGGAGACCACCGUAAGUCCGCAUAUUGCAGACCUGACUGACAAGGAAAACAGACUACUGACCAGACUCUACCAUGGACUUAUUGGGGGCCAAAGGGCAGCUCUCGCUGAGUCUAUAACGCUAGUGGAGACCCAGCAUCCAAGGAAGAAGGAGUUAGCCCAAGUUCUUCUUCAGAGAGUGCUUGCAUACCGUCAGGAGCAGGAGAGACUUAAUGAAGGGAAACCAGUGGCCUUCAGAGUGGGAUUGUCUGGUCCGCCUGGUGCCGGGAAGUCUACUUUCAUUGAGGUUAUUGGGAAGAUGUUGACAGGAAGAGGGCAUAAGGUGUCGGUAUUAGCUGUGGAUCCUUCCUCCUGUACGACUGGAGGAUCACUGAUGGGAGACAAAACCCGAAUGACUGAGCUGUCCAGGGACAUGAACGCUUACAUCCGACCAUCUCCCACCUCAGGAACUCUCGGUGGAGUGACAAGGACCACCAAUGAAGCUAUUGUCCUCUGUGAGGGUGCAGGCUAUGACAUUGUGUUAGUUGAAACCGUAGGUGUUGGGCAGUCUGAGUUUGCUGUGGCUGAUAUGGUGGAUAUGUUUGUGCUGCUGAUCCCACCAGCAGGGGGCGAUGAACUACAGGGAAUCAAAAGAGGAAUCAUUGAGAUGGCUGACUUUGUGGUAGUUACAAAAUCAGAUGGCGAUUUGAUUGUUCCAGCACGGAGAAUUCAAGCAGAAUACACAAGUGCCCUCAAGUUGCUUCGAAAAAAGUCUAAAAUCUGGAAACCAAAGGUGGUCAGUGUGUCAUCUCAGACGGGGCAAGGUGUUUCUGAGCUGUGGGAUACAGUGCUCCAGUUCCGGGAUGCAAUGCUGAGCAGUGGCGAGCUCCGAGUCCGACGGCAAACUCAGCAGAAAGUGUGGCUGUGGAAUCUCAUACAGGAGAAUGCACUCCGUCACUUCGAGCAGCACCCAGCUGUGUGUGCUGAGCUACCCGAGCUGGAGCGAAGGGUCACGCGUGGAGAUAUUUCACCCGGCCUUGCUGCCGACCUCCUCCUGAAAGCCUUCACAAGCACACCAUGAUGUAAAGCCAUCCAAUAAGACUGCAAUCUAGGAUUUAAAUAUAAGGAAAACAGUGUCAUCCCACUGUUGAUAUAUUAUAUCUCACCUGGUUUUAAAGGUUUUUAAUAGUGAAAGAUGUUUGGCCAUACAGUUUUUGAUAUAAUUGUUGUUUAUUGUUACUUUAUUUUCCAAAGUGAAUAAAACUGUAUUAAAGUAAAUGGGAAACAAACUAACGACCAACAUUGUCUGUGGACCUUUUGUAAAAUAAAGUUAUUCACACAACGCUUGGCACAAAUACUGUCUGUACAAGCAAAUAUUUGUGUAAUUUGAUAUUUUAAGAAAUUAAAGAUUUACUGUUAAUGAGCUUUUACUUUUAAUGUAUUGUCCUGUAUGGUAACAUGUCUCUUACAGAUUUGGUUUGUAAAUGAAAUUUAAUGCAAAGUAAAUUUUCAUUUUACAUCCACA